AUGGAAGUGUCUGGGAGGAGAAAGGCGGGGUCCGAGCCUGUGUCAAAAGCAUCCGACAUAGAAGCAGAAAAUCACUGCGAUCCGUGUAAACACGAUGGUCGCUCUGUUGCCGCAAAAGGAUAUUGUGUGGACUGUAAGGAGUAUUUGUGUACCGGAUGUUACAGAGUUCACCUACGGCCAUCUGUUUGGAGACACCAUCAGCUUCUGGACGCACAAACAAUGCCGAAAACUAAACCAGCGACGAAUAUCAAGGUAACUGAUGUAUGUACAGAGGUGUGCCAAAAGCAUUCAGACAAAGUAAUUGAAUACUUCUGCAAUCCACACGAAAUCUUAGGUUGUUCUGCAUGCAUUACAACAGAGCAUCGUUCCUGUAUUAAAGUCGAUUAUAUUCCGGUUGUUGCUGCUACAUUUGGCAAAAGUAAAGAGUUUAAUAACCUCCAUGAAAACCUUGAAAGUCUUUUAAGUUUAAACGAGAAGAACAAGUCAAACAUAAGGAAUAAAUCAAAAGUUGUCGAUAUUCAAGCAGACAGAGCAAAGGUGCAAGUUACGGCUUUGAGGACGGAAGUUGAUGCGUUAUUUGAUCGACUUGAAGAGAAAAUUGACAGAUCAAUUGAUGACGUCAGAAACAGAGACAAGAAAAAGAUUGUCAAGUUAUCAAAUAAAUCAGACGCAGUGUCAGCUAAUCUUAAGGACCAUAUAUCUGUAAUAGAAACAAAAGUAAACGAAGGAAAAAUAUGCCAGCUCUUCAUAGAAACAAAACGCAUGGAAGAGUCGGAAAGAAAACUCCAUGCAGAGGUGCAAACAAUUGCCGAGGAUAGCAAUAUACAGAUUUUUCAAUUUCAACCGGACCAAAUGAUUGUUGAUAUGAUGGAAAAGCUUACAGUCAUUGGCAAACUAAAAGUCCUGGACAAAAAUGCAAAACGUCCACAUUUUGAAGGCGAAAUCAAUGUUAAAGCAAAAACUGAAACGAAGAAAUGUAAUAUAACAGGAAUGUCAGUUUUAUCUAAAAACCAACUCGUCGUUGCGGACUACAUGAACGGAUGUGUCAAACUUCUAAGCAUUGUGAAUAAAGAUGUAAUCUCCGUCUAUAAGAAAGACGUUCUGGACGAUUCUGAUCCGUUCGAUGUGACAAAAGUUAAUGACGCACAGAUCGCAGUUACCUAUCCUUCUGCCUGGGAAAUCAGGAUACUGGACAUACCAGACGGCGGAAAUUUGAAGUCUGACAGGGAAAUAAAUGCGACAGGGGCAUGUUAUGGUAUUGUUCGUAGCGGGGAUAAUCUGGUCGUGUCGUUCAACACUCCGCCUGAAGUCAAGAUUCUUACUUUGGAUGGAAAAGUUGUCAAGAAAAUAACAGGACACUAUAAUUUCCCUGACUAUGUAGCAUUCAACCCGUAUCGCAACACGAUUUAUAUUUCAGAUGUCUCUUUAGAUACAUUGACAUGUGUCACAACGGAGGGAAAAAAUGUAAGUUAUGACAAACGUUUAGGAGGACCUUGUGGUGUCGCAGUUGACGCAAAUGGUCAGGUGUUUGUUUGUUGUAGAUCUAAAAACAGUGUUCUGCAGUUGCUUAAAGGCAGCAAGAGGCCACAUGUACUAUUGCACAAUAGCUAUGGAGUUAGAUAUCCCCAAUGCAUCACUAUCAGUGAACAAAACACACUUUUUGUUGGACUGGCUGAUGACAAAGUCAAAAUGUUUCAAUUAUACUAG